GAGUAUGAGAUAGUAGGCAGCAUGAUGGUAAUGGAAUGUAGUCCUCGCAGCCUUACCUCGUGAUUGUCGAAGUUUUCUUCGUAUCGAUCAGUCUCAGCAGGAGGGAGAGAGCAAAGAGGUCUCUACCACGGAGGGCGAAGCAAGCGGUGGUGAAGCGCAGAAGACCGCGGGACAAGUGCUUGUCCUUUUGCAGCCACUCCUCUGAGACGAGGACGAGAAGAAGAAGAUGACGGCGAUGGCGGAGCGCACGGCUAGAUCGGUAACGACGGUGCUGCAGGCGAUGGUGGGCAUGAGCUUGCUGACGCUUUUACUGCUGAGCGCGGAUGUCGAUGCACAGAGUCCCAGGAUCUCGUCGUUCAAGUAUAACGGCAACGGGUGUCCCAGCGGUACCGCUGUCGGCGAGAUCAGCGUGGACGGCCUGGUGAUCACCAUGAAGUACAGCGCUUUCAGCGCUACCACGGACCAGGGCGUGUCCGGAAUGCGCAAGUCCUGCCAGUUGAAUAUUGCGAUGACUUAUUCACCGGGCUACUCGUUCUCGUUGGAGAUGGUCACGCUUCGCGGGUACACUUUCCUCGACGAUAAGGUGAAGGCGACUCACAAGGUGAGCUACUAUCUCACAGGCCAAACUGGGACGGGGAGUUUCUCUGGUUCCACCACUGGCCCUUUCGAUGACAACUACGAGCACUCCGGUCCCGUCACUCCCAAAGUCUGGAGCCCUUGCAAUCUCAGGAGGAAUCUCAACGUCAAGGCGGAGGUCCGAGUCGACAACAGCGCCAAUCGCAGUGGAGCAGGUUUCAUCGACGUGGAUACCAAGGACGUAGUCCUCGCGUUCCGGCUGAAGUGGAAAACCUGCAAAUGAGUGGGUUGCAGUGCCUCCCUCUUGCGCGCACGCUGGCUAUGAUAGCGCGUCGCAAGGCCGGGGGGGGGAGAGGGAGAGGGGGAGGGGGAGGGGAAGAGGGAGGGGGAACGGACUCGGUCACUCGGAAGCUGAUCUUUUCAGGGGCGCUUUUCCUAUUCGUUCUAGUCUAGUGGUAAUUUGUCUCAUUUUAUGCCAUAGUCGCACUGCGGUAGGUCUUUUGCGACUGAGUUACGGACGUGAUUGCGGUCUUUUGCGACUGAGUUACGGACGUGAUUGCGGUGAGAGAUGCACCGAGAUCAUCUGACCGUGAUUGCUGUCGGAUUCAUUUGCGAAAGUGCUCGUGCGGGUAUGCGCUCAGUUUAGAUUGCGUCUUUGGCUGUGAAUACGGUCCGAUUCGUGCAGGAGAGUGAGUCCGAACGUGAGCUAGCGCUUAAUCCGGCCAGGUGCACGGCCUUCCGCCCACAGUAGAGCGUGUGGGACAGUGCGUGCCCGAAUCGCUCAUGAAAAGCACUCUCGAUUUCGAGUAGAUGACCGGGCGUUCUACUCGGGGAAAGGAGGUACCGCGUAGGAUUUUUGAUGGGCAGUUGAUUCCGGUUACGAAGGACGACGAUGAAGAGGAGCUCUUUGAUUAUUGGUGGAGCAGUGCGUGCUCCCCGAGGUGCUCGGAUUCAUCUCGAUGAAUGCAGAGCUACAGCCAUUGGUGUUUUGUCAAUCUGUGAAUCAAUGGUGUAGAUCAGGCUCAGCUCUGGGGUCCGAUCUUUAAGCCAUUAUUAUAUGGGGUAGAUCUAAUCAACGGCGGUUUAGGGCAAAGGGGGACACGACGAAGGACGAAGUCAGCGUGGUGGCAACCGUCGUAAGCUAGCAAUAAAUGGACAAAUAUAUUGAAAAGAAAUAAGAGGUUUGUGACAGCCUAGAUACUAUGUAGGAUGAGUUCAUACUCACACGAGGACCUUUUCCACAAGGCUCUGGACGUUAUUGGGGUCAAAUUCGUCCAGGUCUGCUCAUAAUUGCUGUCGGAUACAUGAAGUAAAGUACUAGUGUGAGUACGCCCCGACAUGAGAUGGUUGAUGAUGGAGCAAUUGUGUUUUUUCUGUGUUAGGGCACACUAUGAAGAAUAGAUAGCCUGAUGGAGAGGUCGGAGGCUCGAAACCGUAUGAAACUGGUAAAAUUCAAUAUAUUAAUAAGAAUUGGAAGGUCGAGACGGGCCUGGAUAAUAGAAUGAGAUGCUGGCUGGUGGGCCGAAGAAGAUCCAUACGAUAGCGCGAUCGUCCCCCUAAAGUUUUUACGAUGGAGAGAUGGGAGAAUUCACAGGGGAAGGAGGUGGGAGCGUUUGGGUGCUUGCUUGUAAGAAAGCUCUCAUAUUUCGAUCGAUAGGGUAGUGGAAAAAAAAAAAGGGCAAGAAAAAAACGACGAUGAACAACAAAUUUAAAUUUAUUAGACAGGCCAGGUUAUGGCAAUUGACGAAGCAUUCGAUCUUCAGAUCGGUAGACAGAGGAAGCAUUCAACGAAGGGUUGUGAAGUCGUUUCUGGCAAAUGUUUGGUGUGAAUUACAUACAGCCGAGUUUAAUGGGUGCUUUUUGAGAGAGAUGAUCGCAGUGAGUUUUAAUCGGUGAUGCUAGGGGAGAGGUGUUCGGUCGAUGACUUGUUUUUUUUCCUUUCGUUGUAUGGUUGAUUUCUUUUUGAGAAGCGCGAAGAGCGGAAGGGUUGGAUAAACACGUUUGCGAUCUGGACGGACCCAGAACUUACUUAUUUGUCAAUCGUACGGUUCGCUUCCAUUUAGCCAGAAAAGCUUGAUGACGAGAGAGAAAGGCAAGGGAAACAGAGAGGAAGGAGCUGGCUCAGUUAACGAGGGAGGUAUGCCUGCGCUCAUAGUGUCGUCAAGUAUAGUAGGAACUGAUGGUCAAUGUCGUGGAUGAUUACCCAACUCUCCCACUCUAUUAUAGUCUAAGCUUGUACAACG